AUUUAUGCGUGACGUCACAGCCCGCUUUCUGAUUGGUCCGUCCCGCUCAGUGGGCGUGUCCUCUCGGGACGACAUACAACACGAACCCGGCACCGAUUUCCAAAAUACAUUUGUAGCCAUGGCGAUUGACUGGUAUGGCUUUGGAUUUGGCUCCUUGGUGAUUGCUGGUGGGGUUCUUGGCUACAAGAGGAAGGGCUCAUUUCCGUCCCUGAUUUCCGGCUUGAUCUUCGGACUGCUGCUGGAGUUCGGUGCAUUCCAGCUCUCCUUUGACCCGAACAAUAUUCUGCUAUCUUUAGUUGUGUCAGUGGUGCUGGGCUUGGUGAUGGGAAUACGCUUCCAAAAGUCGGGCAAGGUUAUGCCCGCCGGACUGGUUGCUCUUCUCAGCAUUUUGAACCUCGGACGACUGGUGCUCAGACUGCUGUGACGCCCGUUUGCCUGCCGUGGCGGCGGCGUCUUUACGCCCGCUCUUGGUGAGCGCUUCUCGUCGGUAAUGACUCGUGCAGACGCCAAGACGACAGGUCGCUCGCUGCGAGUGUAAGUUGCGAUCGGAUUGGCGUGUGCGUCACUGACGAACGUGAAGAUAUUAACCCUUGAGAUUUUUAAGAGAUUCUAAAGAGGGCAGAUGAAAUUAUAUAUUUGUUUUGUCCUAUCCUCACUUUCACGUCAAUAAUUUCCAUGUUUAAACACCCAGCCCGUUGUGGGUUUGUGAUGGGGUUGAUUACUUAAGUGUAUGGCGUGCCUGAGCUCUGAAGCAGCGAAGCCACCGUACGUGACGAGUCGCGUGUUGCUGCUGCUGCUGUUUGCUUGCGUUCAAUUUAAAACGAGCGCUCUGUGCCGUCUCAGAAAUUGCUUCACGCGACUGCUUUUUUUGGAAGCCGAUUUGUGCGGAUCCCAUGGAAUACCAGCGGCUCGCUCCUGCAUGGAGUGUUUAAGCCGACUGCUGUGGCGAUAACAAAAAACACCCAUUUAGGGAAUGAUUUUCAGCCAGAAAAGUAAAAAAAUUACCUCAAGUAUGGAACUCUGCCAGCCGCAUUGCAGGAUUAUAGCUUUGUAGUUUGGCUCUCAAGCGCUGCACUUCAGACUUUCAAAGUGUCAAAUUUGUAUGCUGGAUAAUUACCCUAUUGAAGUUAUUGUUGCCAAUGUGUAAAUUAUGUACUGGGGUAGUGGGUGUCUUCUUAAACAUACACAAUGCCUGUAAAUUUAAAUCUUUUCACCCAAUGUUUUUCCAAUUGUGUUAUUGGCGUCACAGCACGAGACCAAUAAUCCAUUUAGAAAUUUCACAUCAGUUCAGCCCCGCGUGUUAGAAAACAGCCUCUUGAAGCAGACAUUGUAGAAAGAUCCCUUAAAGUGACCUCUGGUCCACACAGAGACAGCACAUUCACACCCGUCCUGCUUCGGGUGUAGCAGGACGGGUGUCACCUGACAGUCAAACAGAUAUUUUUCAUUCUCAGAACAAAAUGUAGUCAAAUAAGUGCUAAAUUACUUUAAAAUAAGAUAUUUUUGUAGUGCGACUAUAUUGGUAACCAAUUUCUGAGUUCCUCACUUCACUACUCUUGAGUCCGCAGCAGUUUCCUGGGCUCGAACCCAGGCUCUCAUCAUUGUCAGCUCAGCGCUCUGACUUCUGACCAUCGACCCACUAGAUUAGAGAACCCGGUUUUUGAACCUUGGGCUUCUGCCGAGCGGAACUUUGGUAUCCUUAACAAAGACCUCCACAGCAUUAUGUGGACGUAGUUCCAAAACGAAGAUCUUCCAUGAGGCCACGUGAGAAACAUUGUGCAGAACAGCAGUGCACGAUCGGCAUCACUUCCCAUGGCUCCCGCAGAGAGCUUGAGUUCGCGCGAGCGCAAGUAUGUUUCAAAUUACCGUCUCCCAUGCUCAAUUUGCUUUACUCUGGUAUUGCUUUGUCUUCAGUGAAGCCCUGAAAUCCUGGAUUUAACCACCGCUGUUUCACAACCUGCUCAUCACACGUAUUUAAAGUGUGAAGCACAUUCAGAAGUGCUCUGUUUAAUGCGCCAAAGUAACAAAGAGAACCAACUCACGGCCAAGUGAAAAGUCCUGGCAUUUUUAUUUGCUUGCGCCUCUUUGUACAUAUUGGCCGCAGCACCUACAGAUGCUCAUCGAGUCCCUUUCCAGUCAUCGCCACCAGCCAUGAUCAAUCCACUGCUGGGUGCAGGCCCCUCUCCAAGCCGUCACGAUCUCACUGCCAUCACGGUACCACUUGGCAAUUCAAAUGGCAGGUAGCGUAUCGGUUGCGUCUUGCCUGGUGUGGCCGACUGUCACUGGCCGCGUGCUCUUUAAGCUGUGUCGAAGGCUCUAGCCCUACGCACGGCGUUUGCCUUCGUGUCAAAUCGACGCAGCUCAGGAGAUCACCGCGAGUCAUUUUACGUGGAUCCUAAAAAAACCCGCAGGCAAUUUGCGAACGAAGCUGGUGUUAUUUGGGAUGAAGGUUGUGUUUUUUCGUCUGCGCUGUACUGCCGUUGUGGAGCUUUGUCAGGGUAAACGCCGAGACAACUUGUAUCGUGUAACGACCCGCGGGCACAGGAGCGUGCAGGCUUGAUGGCAGGAGCAACACUGGGGCCCCGCACCGUGACGGCGGCUGGCAAUGCGUAUCACAACUCGUUGGCACGUUGCCGAAGUGUCGUACGUAGAGAAAAUACACUCGUCUAUAAUUUAGUAAUGCGGUCUCAUGAGAGCGCUCUAAUAAGCUGAGAUGCCAUUAAAAGGCGUCGAACACAUCCUUAGGGAGAUUAGCAGGCAUCAUGUAAAAUGGCAUGAGCACAAAUCUCUGUUGAUGCUCAAUGCAGGGGUGCAGAUGCGUACAGUUCUUGCACCGUUUCAUUCCGAAAAAUGUAACCCGCACUGCUUCAGGUGGAUGUGAAUAAUAUUUUGAAUUUUACGAUUUGUUGGUGUGUUUUUUACUAAAAGAGCACAAUUCCUGGUUCGGGUGAUUUCAAGAAGGAAUCGCAUUCAAUGUUUUUUUUUCACAUUUGGAGAAGCGUUGCGUUUCAGCGUAAGUUGAUAAUACGUAGGGCGUGUUGCUAAAGCUGCGUUGAGUGCACGUCCCGCUUGAAUUGUGAUUGCUUCGCGUCUGCUGCAUUGUACGCUUUGAUCUGUUUUAUAAGACAUGCACGCGGUAAUAUACAGAAAAAAUGCGAUUGAUGUUCAAUAAUCCCUUGUGAAGUGCCACAAGCAAGAAAUCUCGGAAAAUAAAUUCAAACUCCAUUUCUCCA